GUAUACACAACUGACUAGCCGAUAGCUUAGCUAGACAAAACUCUAGGACUGGCUCUGACCGGAUAGUUAGCCGCGUCUCAAUUAUUAUUUAGUUUCCUUGUUUCAGGAGUCACAUGCUUCCUCGUAGUGGUCCAUUCCGCUAAGCGUCAAACUACACAGUAGCUACCUCAUUUAGUCAGUUUCUCUGAAAAAACUUUUAACAGCUUGGAUUGAAUGGUGUUACCCAAGAUCAAUUCCUUGCCGUUCAAAUAAUUAAUGUUUUAACUUGCGUGUAUUUGAAGUUUUCCACUUUUACAAUAGUGUUUUAAUGGGAGUAAUAUCACGUAGCCAAAACUCCCGCAUCGCCGGUUCGCUUUAACAUAAUGGCGUUUCAUGGCUCCCGGCCCGCACUGUGUGGAAACUUGUUCCCGGGGUCGACCCUGGGACACAAAUAUUUCUGUGUAAACAACUCAACAGGCAAUAACGCAACUUGCAGCGGUCCAAACGCCCCCCAAAACCCAGCUGGACCCAGUCAACCCGCCGAGACUCCUCGACACCCGACAAAUAUCGGAGGAAGCACAGGCGGGGGAGCAGCGGUGCCUCAGCCUCACAGCAAUACGGCCAGCGAGGUGCCCAGCCCAGCCGAGAUGGAGCCUGAUAGACCCAUCGGCUACGGAGCUUUCGGGGUGGUCUGGUCAGUGACGGACCCCCGUGAUGGCCGAAAGGUGGCCCUCAAGAAGAUGCCAAACGUCUUCCAGAAUCUGGUCUCCUGCAAGCGGGUUUUUAGGGAGCUUCGCAUGUUGUGCUUUUUCAAACACGACAACGUGCUAUCUGCUUUGGAUAUUCUGCAGCCUCCACAGAUUGACUGCUUUGAAGAGAUAUAUGUAAUAACAGAGCUGUUGCAAAGUGACCUGCACAAAGUUAUAGUGUCGCCUCAGCCUCUCACCACUGACCACAUAAAAGUGUUCCUCUACCAGAUACUCAGGGGCCUGAAAUACCUUCACUCUGCUGGUAUUCUGCACAGAGACAUUAAACCAGGAAACCUGCUGGUCAACAGCAACUGUCUGCUUAAGAUUUGUGACUUUGGGCUAGCCCGAGUCGAGGAGCCAGACACCUCUCGUCACAUGACUCAGGAAGUUGUGACUCAGUACUAUAGGGCUCCGGAGGUUCUGAUGGGUUCACGACAUUAUGGCUCAGCUAUAGAUAUCUGGUCUGUAGGCUGCAUCUUUGCUGAGUUACUGGGACGCCGAAUCCUCUUCCAGGCUCAGAGCCCCAUCCAACAGUUGGACCUGAUAACUGAUUUACUGGGCACUCCUCCACUGUCUGCUAUGGCAUCUGCAUGUGAAGGAGCUCGAGCACACAUCUUAAAAGGACCUCACAAACCGGUAAUAUUUAUUUCCAGCAAUCUACCCCACCAAAUGUUUUUUAAUCUGUUUUACUGUUACCUCACCCACAAAGGACCAAUUGAAGUGAGAUAGGGAAUUUUUAGGGAGAUUAGUGAAGGCAUGAUAACUAAAAUGACCGUGGUAAUACUGCAUUUUAUUUGU